AAGCCUGACUGUCUUCUCGUCACUUGCUCUGUAGCUCCAGCUUCACCAGAUCUUGGAAUGGACCCCAACUGCUCCUGCUCCACCGGCAGCCCCUGCACCUGCUCCAGUUCCUGCGGCUGCAAAAACUGCAAGUACGCCUCCUGCAUGAAGAGCUGCUGCUCUUGCAGCCCCGUGGGCUGCUCCAAGUGUGCCCAGAGCUGUGUCUGCAAAGGGGCAUCGGACAAGUGCACAUGCUGUCCUGAUGUAGUUGACAUGUUGGGUAACAUGAAAGAGCAGUGA